ACCGAUUAAAUUUCCGUCAGACCAAACCGGUGGCUUCACCGGGUUGGCCCCGGUCGGGGUUUUAAAACCAUGCCCUAAACCCCCUCCUCUCCUCUGUGCGCACAACCGCCUCUCUUCUCCAGGCAUAGCCGCGCCACCCUCGAAGCACAGGCCACGCACAGCUGCAUUCUCAUCUCCUCUCUUAUGCGAAUAUUCCAGUGAUCAAUUCGCCUCAAGUGUGAUGGAAGCCAAAUUCUUUCGAUUUCUCAAGAUCGUGGGUGUUGGAUUUAAAGCCAGAGCCGAAUCAGAAGGUCGUCUCCUGUAUCUGAAAUUGGGAUACAGUCAUGAGGUAGAACUGACUGUUCCACCUGCGGUGCGUGUCUUCUGCUUCAAGCCAAACAUAGUUUGCUGUACUGGGAUUGAUAAGCAGAGGGUGCAUCAGUUUGCUGCUUCUGUUCGUAGUUGCAAGCCUCCUGAAGUUUACAAAGGCAAGGGUAUAAUGUACAUCGAUGAAGUUAUCAAAAAGAAAGAAGGAAAGAAAAAAUGAUGGCAGUUUUUUUUUAUUCUUAUUAUUGUAAUUGUUUGUUCUGCUGUAUGGAUUUUGAAAAAAUGUAGGACAAAUUUGUAUUAGGUAGAAUUUUACGUAAUCCAAAUUCAACCUUACAAA